CGUCAGCGUCCUCUUCCCUGCCUAUCCCCGAGAGCGGUGGGCAGUGUACUUACCGGGUCUUACGUUUAACGAAAGAGAAUCUCAAUCCAUCUCUCAAAAUGGUGAACUUCACCGUAGACCAGAUCCGUGCCAUCAUGGACAAAAAGUCCAACAUCCGCAACAUGUCUGUGAUUGCGCACGUGGACCAUGGGAAGUCAACGCUGACCGACUCGCUGGUGUCCAAGGCAGGCAUCAUCGCCUCCGCCCGAGCUGGGGAGACGCGUUUCACCGACACUCGCAAAGAUGAGCAGGAGCGCUGCAUCACAAUCAAGUCUACUGCCAUCUCCAUGUACUACGAACUGAGCGACAACGACUUGGCCUUCAUCAAGCAGUGCAAGGAUGGUUCUGGCUUCCUGAUCAACCUUAUUGACUCCCCUGGGCAUGUGGACUUCUCCUCCGAGGUCACAGCUGCUCUUCGUGUCACCGACGGUGCCCUUGUUGUCGUGGAUUGCGUGUCCGGCGUGUGUGUGCAGACCGAGACCGUGCUGAGGCAGGCCAUUGCUGAGAGAAUCAAGCCAGUUCUGAUGAUGAACAAAAUGGACCGUGCCCUGCUGGAGCUGCAGCUAGAGCCCGAGGAGCUGUACCAGACCUUCCAGAGGAUUGUGGAGAAUGUCAAUGUCAUCAUCUCUACCUACGGCGAGGAUGAGGGUGGACCAAUGGGCAACAUCAUGAUUGACCCAGUUGUGGGUACUGUGGGGUUCGGUUCUGGUCUCCACGGCUGGGCUUUCACCCUGAAGCAGUUUGCAGAGAUGUAUGUUGCCAAGUUUGCUGCCAAGGGUGAGGGUCAGCUGGGGCCAGCCGAGCGCUGCAAGAAGGUGGAGGACAUGAUGAAGAAGCUCUGGGGAGACCGGUUUUUUGACCCAGCCUCUGGCAAGUUCAGCAAAACCGCAACUGGCCCUGACGGCAAGAAGCUGCCCCGCACCUUUGCUCAGCUCAUCCUGGACCCCAUCUUCAAGGUGUUUGAUGCCAUCAUGAACUUCAGGAAGGAGGAAACGGCCAAGCUGAUUGAUAAAUUGGAGAUUAAGUUGGAUGCUGAUGACAGGGACAAGGAAGGCAAACCCCUGCUGAAGGCAGUGAUGCGUCGCUGGCUUCCUGCUGGUGAAGCCCUGCUCCAGAUGAUUACCAUCCACCUGCCUUCCCCCGUCACAGCCCAGAAGUAUCGCUGCGAGCUGCUGUACGAAGGACCUGGUGAUGAUGAGGCUGCCAUGGGUAUCAAGAACUGUGAUCCAAAAGCACCCCUGAUGAUGUACAUCUCCAAGAUGGUGCCCACCUCUGACAAGGGCCGCUUCUAUGCCUUUGGUCGUGUCUUCUCUGGCUGUGUCUCCACUGGGAUGAAGGUGCGCAUCAUGGGACCAAACUUCACCCCUGGGAAGAAGGAAGACCUGUACCUGAAACCCAUCCAGAGGACCAUUCUGAUGAUGGGCCGUUAUGUGGAGCCCAUUGAGGAUGUGCCAUGUGGGAACAUCGUGGGGCUGGUUGGCGUUGACCAGUUCCUGGUGAAGACUGGGACCAUCACCACCUAUGAGCAUGCGCACAACAUGCGUGUGAUGAAGUUCAGCGUCAGCCCUGUGGUGAGGGUGGCUGUGGAGGCCAAGAACCCGGCCGACCUGCCCAAGCUGGUGGAGGGCCUCAAGCGUCUGGCCAAGUCAGAUCCUAUGGUGCAGUGCAUCAUCGAGGAAUCCGGUGAGCACAUCAUCGCCGGCGCGGGUGAGCUGCACCUGGAGAUCUGCCUUAAGGAUCUGGAAGAAGACCAUGCCUGCAUUCCACUGAAGAAAUCAGACCCUGUGGUGUCCUACAGGGAGACUGUGAGUGAGGAGUCGGACCAGAUGUGCCUGUCCAAGUCCCCCAACAAACACAACCGUCUGUACAUGCGUGCGCGUCCCUUCCCCGACGGCCUGGCUGAGGACAUCGAUAAGGGCGAUGUGACUGCCCGCCAGGAGAUGAAGGCCCGCGCCCGUUACCUUGCUGAGAAGUACGAGUGGGAGGUGACCGAGGCCCGUAAGAUCUGGUGCUUCGGACCGGACGGAACAGGACCAAACAUGUUGGUGGACGUUACCAAGGGGGUGCAGUACUUGAACGAGAUCAAGGACAGCGUGGUGGCUGGCUUCCAGUGGGCAACCAAGGAGGGUGCACUGUGUGAGGAGAACAUGCGUGGUAUUCGCUUUGACAUCCACGAUGUGACCCUGCACGCAGACGCCAUCCACCGUGGCGGUGGCCAGAUCAUCCCCACAGCUCGUAGGGUGCUGUACGCCUGCCAGCUCACAGCAAAGCCCCGCCUCAUGGAGCCCGUGUACUUGGUGGAGAUUCAGUGUCCGGAACAGGUGGUCGGUGGCAUCUAUGGCGUGCUGAACAGGAAGCGUGGUCACGUGUUUGAGGAGUCCCAGGUGACAGGCACACCCAUGUUCAUUGUCAAGGCCUACCUGCCCGUCAAUGAGUCUUUCGGCUUCACCGCUGACCUGCGCUCAAACACUGGUGGUCAGGCCUUCCCGCAGUGCGUGUUCGACCACUGGCAGAUCCUCCCUGGUGACCCCAGUGACUCCGCUUCCAAGCCAUGCCAGAUCGUUGCCGAGACCCGCAAGCGCAAGGGCCUGAAGGAAGGCAUCCCAGCCUUGGAUAACUACCUGGACAAACUGUAAACUCCUCAUCUCCUUCCCCUGUUUCCCUUCUCCCUCCCUCCCACCUUUCCUCUCCCUCUUCACAAUGUGCGUGGCGGACAGAACUGUACAGAACACUUGCGUCAUAACUUUGCCAAAAUGGAAAGUACAAAAGCUGACUUCAUCUAUUAAUGGAACAAAAUACCAUCUUAAUAAAGGAACAUAAAAAUCGUAA